AGACCCCCCCAGCAACUCGGUGGCCACCGUUCUCCUCGCUCCCUUCUCCCUGUACCUCCCGAUCCUUGACCUUGCCUCUGCUCCCCCACCCUGAUCGCGCACCCGGGACCGGUCCCACAGGGUCAUCCUCGGACCAAUGCACAUCUACCGGCCACAGCUGGUGACACACACGCGCACACGGCUGCCCCGACAUGCCACCUGAAGGUGUGGUCCGAGCCUUGCACCGCCCGAAGUGCGGCCCUUCCCUGGCCCCUCGCCGAGGCUUCCCCGCUCGGAGCGUCCGGCUCGGCUUUUAUCUUUCCCGCCGGAGCGGAGGCCUCGCGGGCCUCGAAGCACACCGUAGUCCGGCAAUGCGCACGGCUUCUCGCCCCUUGCCUUCUUGGCCCCGUCACCAGAGAAGAAGAGACUUGGACCAUUCUCCCUUCCUUCGGGCAUGGGGCCCUUACGUGCGCACGUCACACCCUCCGUCCAAGCCACGCGCAAAGACCUCGAACUCGCGCCGCCUUUCGGUGAAGCUGACACCGUGCAAGCCACCUCCACCCCGGGUCCAGGAGAGAAGAUCCCGCUGAAAGAUGCCGGCGGAUCGCUGUCGCACGAGCUCCGGUGCUCACCCGCUCGCGCCACCCCAGACAAUCGGCAUUGGCCCGCAGAUCAGGCUCCUUUGGCACCGCUCCAGGUGGUAGUCGGCGCACCCCUCGGGCCACGGGGGGCCCAUUCCUCGCAGUCCGGGGCCCCCCCUCGCGAGAUCGAGGUGGCCCUGUUGCUGUACACACACACAUAGACACACAAAUAUAUACACACACACACGCACA